AUGCCAUCCGUCGCCGAGGAGCAUCCCCGGCUGAUGGCGCCCGGCAAAAAACGCAGACGGGAUGUUAACGACUCCAACAACGACCUGCAGAUACAAGGUCCUUUGUACGAGAAGCUUGCCCAGUACCACUCGGCGGCAGCCGCUGCGACGAACAACUGGAACGCUGACGGCGUUUUUGGAAGCAGGCCCGUUCAGCAGCAGAUCCAGCAGCAGCAGCAGCAAAACUUCUUCCCUCGCUUCCCCGGCAGCAACAAUGACCGCAUGAUCUUUCAAUACGGCUUCCCGGCCGUUACCAAUACCACCACGGAAGAUUCCCGCCAGAACCACGAGUCAGAGUCCCGAAAGAUAGCUCCCCUCCCCGUGUCUAAGCGACAGCGCAUGUUCGACGAGGAGGAUGCGGAUUUGGACAGCUUGGACGGAGGCCUUUCAACACAACCCAACAGCCAAAGACAGCGGCGGCAUAGCAAAUCACCACCGGCGUCCCAACACAACUCCCCAGUACUUCCAGUCCAAACCGACGCGGUGGGCAACAGACCAAAGACUCCCUCAUCCCUGAGCCCCUGUCAUAUCUGCCACCGCCGGCCCACCAAGAAGUCAGAUCUCGACUCCUUCGCUGACUGUCAGGGCUGCGGGCUGCGUUCAUGCUUCGUGUGCAUCAGAGAGUGCCAGGGCUGGCAGAAGGAUGGACGCCCCAGCAGUGGCGGCGGCGACCUGGGUAAUGUAGAGCAAGCGCCGGAGCAAGGAGGCAUUAAUCUCUCACGGUCAUGCCAGAUGGACGACGUUGACGACGACCGACAACGACAAUCGAGGGAAGAUGAAGAGUCAAAGAGGAAGGGACAGCCGAAGCGAAAGGACGGCUGGGCGGGCGGCGGACACAGACAGAUGGUCUGUAGCCGCUGCUGCAUCGAGAAGGGUGCAGAGGGUGACGUCGUCUGCCUGGGCUGUCUGUCACGCAUGGAAUCUGUCUGA